AUGGUGAUGGAGGGGGCGACAGAUGGUGAGAUGAGCUUGUCGAACAUGGUGCUGGGCUUCCUAGAAGAUUUCGAGAGGGGCCAGCGACGGCCGGAGAACGACGAGGAGGAGGAGGAGGGCUCCGGCGGUGGCGGCGACACCGCCGAGAGCAAGGCCUUCUGGCAGACCCAACAUUCCCAGCUGCACGAAGCUCUGGCCAAGAUGAGCCCUGCCGAGAGCAGGAUCCGCGCGGACACGGAGGAGGCCGUCAAGAGCAUGCGCGCCGCGGCCUGCUCCUGCUCCUGCACGGGGCGACCCGCCGCCCGGGACUGCCGCCUGUGCAUGCUCCGCCACGUCGCCGACCGGCUGCGCGACGCCGGCUACAACAGCGCGCUCUGCAAAUCCAAGUGGACGCGCUCGCCGGACAUCCCUUCAGGCGAGCACAGCUACGUGGAGGUUGCGGUGCAGACGAGGAGCGGCAAGGCGGUGCGCGUGGUGGUGGAUCUCAGCUUCCGCGCCGAGUUCGAGGUGGCGCGCGCCAGCGCCGGGUACCGCGCGCUGGUGACCGCGCUGCCGGAGGUGUUCGUGGGGCGGGCCGACCGGCUGCGCGGCGUCGUCAAGGUCAUGUGCACCGCGGCCAAGCAGUGCAUGAAGGAGAACAACAUGCACAUGGGGCCCUGGAGGAAGCACAAGUACAUGCAGGCCAAGUGGCUCGGCACGCCCGAACGGACGGCGGCGGCCGUGGCCGCGGCUGCUGCGGCGGGGGCGGUGGCCACGCCGGUGGUGGUGGUUCCGUCGGUGAUGGUCGGCUCGCCAGAGAAGCAGAUCACCAAGUUCAGGGCGUCCAUGCUCACAUUCGACUUUGGCCGGACCGCGGCUGCGGUGGAGCUCGCGUGA